AUGGAUAAACGUCUUAUAUUCAAUAAUACCAAUUUAAGCUCUAACGCCGUGUCGCAACCGAUCCGCAUGGAAGAGGACACAGUUGGUUCUAAGGUUCCACGUUCCGUUAUGCCGAAAGGAUCGAUCACGCACGGAGGAGCGAUUGCGGCACAACCGGACAUCGAUCUCCAGAAAGAGCGAGACAAUCGCUCGAUUUGUGUGAGGAACUUGGACUACUCGAUCACUAAAGAGCAGUUGGAACAACUGUUCUCGACGGUUGGAGAUGUUAAGACCGUUACUAUUCCAGUCGACAAAGCCGGUAAACCUAAGGCGUACGCGUACAUCGAAUUGGAUUCGGUUGAAUCGCGAGAACGAGCGGUGACUAGUCUGACGGGGUCGAAGUUGAACGAUCGAGAAAUCACCGUCGAGAAGAAGAGAACUAACAAAAUGGGACUUGCUAAGAAAUCAAAUAGCGGAAAUGCUCAACUCUCGAAACUAUUGUUUACUAUGGCAAAAACAUUGAGCAGAGGUGGGUACGGAGGACAUAGAGGUGGCGCUUCUAGAGGUGGAGCUCCAAGAGGAAGAGGUGGAAGGUAA